CAUGCGCAGUACAACACGCGCACGUGUUAGUCUGCUCCCAGUUACCGGGUUCGAACAUGGCCGAGAUGGAGACGCAAAGCCCUGGGACGGAGGACGGCUUUACUCCCGUCACGUACAGAGCGGGCCGGCGGGCGAAGAAGCGACAGGCUGAGCAGUCGUCAGCGGCGGGACAGGACGGAGACGCCGGCAGCAUGGAUACAGAGGAGGCGCGGCCGGCGAAGAGGCCGGUCUUCCCGCCGCUCUCGGGCGACCAGCUCCUGACCGGGAAAGAAGAAACGAGAAAAAUUCCCGUCCCAGCUAACAGAUACACGCCAUUAAAAGAAAACUGGCUGAAGAUAUUUACUCCGAUUGUAGAACAUUUGGGACUUCAAAUACGUUUUAACCUGAAAUCAAGAAAUGUAGAAAUCAGGACUUGUAAAGACACCAAGGAUGUGAGUGCCCUGACAAAAGCUGCUGACUUUGUAAAAGCCUUUGUUCUUGGAUUUCAGGUGGAGGAUGCACUUGCCCUUAUCAGGCUCGACGACCUCUUCCUGGAGUCUUUUGAAAUAACUGAUGUUAAGCCCCUAAAAGGAGACCACUUGUCAAGGGCAAUAGGAAGAAUUGCUGGCAAAGGAGGGAAAACCAAAUUUACCAUAGAGAAUGUGACACGGACACGGAUUGUCUUGGCAGAUGUGAAAGUUCACAUUCUCGGCUCUUUCCAGAACAUCAGGAUGGCAAGAACUGCCAUUUGCAACCUCAUCCUGGGAAACCCUCCAUCAAAGGUGUAUGGCAAUAUCCGAGCUGUGGCCAGCAGAUCAGCACAUCGCUUCUGAUUGUCCCAGACUCUUGAGAUGUGCACAUAGAACCGUGAGAGGGAU